CUCAGCCUGAGAUAACAAUAAUCAAACCACUACAAUCAAUCAUCUUCCCCUCAAACCCGAUCCCACAUUUACUAAAUUCCAGAUCCUCUCUCUCUCUCUCUCGCUUGCAUUUCUAUCCGGAGCGAAACCGGUCUCUGCAUUGGCGGCGGAAAAUGGGGAUAUAUCUAAGCAGUCCUAAAACUGAUAAGCUUUUGGAGGAUGGUGAGAAUGACAAAGUAAAAUUUGGCUUGGCUUCAAUGCAAGGAUGGCGUGCAUCAAUGGAAGAUGCUCAUGCAGCCUAUCCAAACCUGGACGCUUCCACUGCUUUCUUUGGUGUUUAUGAUGGCCAUGGAGGUGAUGAAGUUGCUAAAUUUUGUGCAAAGUAUCUUCACCAGCAGUUUCUCAGACAUGAAGCAUAUUCUGCCGGGGAGUUAGACACCUCAAUUCAGAAAUCAUUUCUCAGAAUGGAUGAAAUGAUGCGUAGUCUAGGAAGUCGGAAAGAGUUAGCGAGUUUGACUGACAGUGACAAAAUGAAAGAUGUGGUUGAAGGCUUAUGGUCCCCUAGGAGCAGUGAAAAUAAGGGUAAAACCACUGAUUGGCCUUCUAAGGAGGAAGGUCUCUCUGAUUACAAUGGGCCAACUUCAGGUUGCACCGCCUGCGUUGCCAUCAUUCGAAACAAUCAACUUAUUGUUGCAAAUGCAGGUGACUCUCGUUGUGUUCUAUCCAGGAAGGGUCAGGCACAUGAUUUGUCAAGAGAUCACAAGCCUGACCUUGAAGUUGAAAAGGACAGGAUACUGAAAGCUGGUGGUUAUGUUCAGUGUGGACGGAUCAACGGGAGUUUGAAUUUGGCAAGAGCAAUAGGGGACAUGGAACUGAAACAGAACAAAACCUUGCCUGCAGAAAAACAGAUAGUGACUGCUAAUCCUGACAUUAAAACUGUCGAGCUUUGUGCUGAUGAUGAUUUCCUUGUUGUAGCAUGCGAUGGGAUAUGGGAUUGCAUGACAAGCCAGCAACUUGUGGACUUCGUCAAGGACAAAUUAAACAACGAAAACAAGCUUUCGGCGGUAUGCCAAGAGGUUCUUGAUAGGUGUUUGGCGCCAUCAUCUGGCGGAGAAGGAUGUGACAACAUGACGAUGAUUUUGGUUCAGUUCAAGAAAAAUCUGAACACCAAGGAACAACCUACCGCCUCUAAUAAGCAAUCUGAAUCUAGCCUUGGUGCAGCAGGAGAAUCUGGUUCUAAGUAAUGCCAAAACUUUUAGCUUUACAUAUUUGUGAUUUUACUUGUGGAAGAACUCAAUGGUUAAAAGAAAUUGACGAUUUGAAAAUUUUCUUGUAAAGUUUUUGAUAUUUUCACGUAUAAAUAGGAGCAUAUUUUAGCUAUGU